AUGGGGGCUUUGGGGGACCUCCACCGGCGCGCACGCACCCAUGUGGGUCUGCGCACACCUCCGGGACCUCCAACAGCCCCAGGACGAGGGCACCCGGAGCGGGUUGGAGAGCGCGUGCCACCCAUCCGCAGCCCUUCUGCGGCCACGGGACCAGAGGAUGCUGCGUUUUUCACCUGCAUCCCUCCCUCGCUGUGCUUCCCCCAGAUGAGAGCACCCUCCUCGCUGUCCUGCCUCUUCCUGCUGACCCUGGGGGCCUGCUUCCCUCCCGGAGAGCCGCAGCAGCCCCGGCACCCCGCGGAGGGUCCCGCGCUCCAGCCCGGCUGCCGAGAAGAGUUGGACAAGGCCCCCGGUCCUUGCUGGUGGCCAAAUCCGAAGCGGAGGCGAAGUGAGGAGCUGAGCACCCUGCUCGGCAUCGCCCGGGAGCUGCGGGGCUCUGGCACGUGGAGUGGGGGCUCGCGGGGGCAGCCGGGCAGGCAGGAGGGUCCCGCACCGCUGCCAGCCGGGGGAGAGAAGCGAGGGGGCACCCUGGGGAACCUGGCCGAGGAGCUCAGCGGCUACAGCAGGAAGAAAGGCGGCUUCACCUUCCGAUUCGGGAGGUGAGGGUGAGGGUUUGACCCCCCCACACACACCUCCUGGAGGGGGCCCCGGGAGGUGUGCCGCGUCCCCUCCUCUCCUGACACCUCGCCUGGGUUUGCUCGGACCGAAGGACGCCGCGGAGGAGCUGCUGUUGGGAUUCCAGUGGGGAAAUGGGGGGGGCACCACGGCGGCUCCCCCAGCCCCAGGGGAGGAAGAGGAGGGUGCCCCACGUCCCCUCCCCGGGGACACGGCCUGUG